AUGGAAAAUAUGUUGGCCCAACCUGCUCAAGAUUUAGAAACACCAAGAUCUAGUACUGAGAUUGUCUCCAAGGUUCUCUCACAAACCAGUGCAGCCUCUACAUUCCUCAAGAAUGCUGGUAUUGAAACACUAGUAAGCAAAUCUGCUGCAUCAGCUGCAAGAGAAGCACAACUAAGAGAACAGGUGCAGGCCAAAAAGCAAUGGGCUGAUCUACUUCAAGAAGAAUUGGACUACCUGAAGAAGAAAGCUAAAGAAACAGAAGAGUCAAUGGCCAAGACCCAAGAAGAAGUGUGCAAGGCCCAGCAAGAGAUGGAGGAGUUCAAGAAGAAACAAGAAGCUAAUGAUCUAUUACUUCAGCGCAUCUUGAACCUCAACUUAGCUCGGGUUCCUUGGAGUGCCAUGGAGUGCUGCUGA